AUGGGACUAAGUGGAUCGUCCGACGGUGCAUACCGUGCACAGCCAAGAGCCACUGGUGUCUUGAUACCCGCGGAAGGAUAUAUGAGGAGGGAGGUGGGGGGAGCUGGAAAUGCACCUCCAUUCAGUAACGUCGGCCGGCGGAGGGAGACCGACAAUCUUCUGCUCUUCCUCUUCCUCUUCCUCCUCUUCCUCCUGCGUCGUCUCUCGUCCUUCCCUCACUACUUCCGCCACGUUUUCUCUCCAAGCUUUGUCUUGUUAUGGUACGCCGCACCACUCGUGUGCAGAAUCGCACGCUCACUUACUGCGGUUCCAUCUCCAAUCGUCUUCCUCAUCCGUCCAAUCCAGGGCGAGUUCAUCCGCGUCUUCCACGACCCGCUCGCUCUCAUCCUCGUUCUCCUCCUCGCGCCCCGCGUCUUCUUCUUCCGCACGAUCCAUAUCGCCUUCCGCUCUCUCUUCAUCUGCCUUACAUUCGUUAUUUAUCUCUUCUGCUUCACUUUCAAAAUCUUCUUCCUCGGCGUCUUCCUCGACGCUUUCGGUAUUCUCGUCGACUGUCGCGAUUCCUUCCUCGACGCUCUCAGUUUCUUCCUCGUCGGCGUCCAUCGCACCUCCGACGCUAUCCCCGCUCCCAUUGAAUCCACGUCACGUCCAAACAAGACGACAAGGACGAUCAUCGCCGCUUCGAUCGCGGGUGCCGUCGUGCUGAUCCUCGCCGCCGCCCUGAUUGCCUUCCUCGCUCUCCGCCGCCGCCGCCGCGCGCAGAAGCCGACCGUGAUCCACCUCUGGGCGCCCGACGAGGAGGAGAAGACGCUCGAUCUGUCCGCGCGGUCUUGGACGGAGGACCGGAACAAGGCAGCAGGCGCGGAGUGGACGCCUCCCCCGACGCCCGGCUUCCCGGGCGUUGCGUUCCCAGGUGCCCCCGCCGCUGCCGCUGCCGACCCGUCCCCCUCCGGACCGCGGCCGUCGACCUCGCGCGCGUCGAUCGUCUCCGCGGCCCGCAGCGCGCGCACCACGGGCCCCGCGGCCCGGGGGAGCACGGCGAGCCUCAAGACGCCGCACUACACGACGCGGCAUCUGAGCCUGACGGCGGGCACGCACGGCUUCGGCCAGGACCUCGCGUGGCGCGACGCGCACUACGAGGAGGUGCUCCCCGUCCCGGACGCGUUCGCCGUGCCCGAGGUGCUGCCCGUGCCCGUGCCUAUGCCAAAACCCGCCACGGUGGUGGCGGCGGCGUCUGCGGAGCUGCCCGUCGUUGGCGUGGUGGUGCCGCCCACGCCGGGCCGCGUACCGCACCAGGACAUGCCGCAUCACCCGACCGCGUUCCAGGGAUCGAUGGCGUCGUCGGUGUCCUCGCGAUACUCGACCGUGUCGAUGCCGGACUCGGGAGCGGGGCGGCGUCUGUAGAUGGAUCAACGGAAGUGAAAUAUAGAAUUACCAGUGUAAUAUCGUAUUUUCUCCUCGUAAUGACCUAUGGUCUGCGAGUAUCAGGUCCGCGGAGAUCUAGUCUGAGCAGAGAGACAGAAGUUCAGAUAUUACGGCGCAUGUUCCAGGUCCCCGUACACGAUGCGAUACGGAUAAAGGAAGGGCAGUCUUCUCCUUGAUAUGUCGCGUGAUGGCCCCGUGCGCUCUUCAUCCAGGGCCUGUCCAUCGCGAGUGUCUGCGGAUCAUCUACAACCCGAAGAGCCCAAGAACAAUUGGGUGCUGAAAAAUACGGAAUCGCGUACAGCCCACUUCGUUCAGCAGAGGUGUUCAGUGCGGUCCAUAUUGACUUGAUUCGUCGCGUAGAUCUGUCCGCCCGGCAUCGGUAUUUUCAAUAUUCCCCAGACGCUCAAUGCCAUUUGGCAAAUUUGCUUUCUUACACAUGAAAUAAGAUCUCUGAACUUCUACGGAACGCUCGUGCGUUCUUGUCCGUUGCGAAUCGUACAACGGAUCAAAAAUGCUCAGCAGACAGGCACGCACAGCUGAUGCGGUCACUCCGCUUGGUUUUUCCUUCCGCACUCCGUCGCAUUCCAACUACAACCCAGCGAUCAAAUGGCGCUAGAUCCUGCGCAGUCGGACUCCCUACUCAGAAACGCAAAAGGACGCUUCCAGCCUAUAUCUUCGAUCGACUGAGUUACGGGAAACAAAGCUCAAAGUGCGUCGUUAGAGAACUGUGGACGACUAUCAGCCGGCCAGCAGACACUGGACACCAGUGCAUCCGCGUCGCAAAAGGUCCGAGGACAGUUGAUGCGGGUCAUGUGAUCCGACCAGACCGUAUCCGCUUUGGCCUUUCCACCAUC